UCCUUGCCUCCAGACGACAUAUUGACUGCUAGAAGCAAAAUUCAAGUUUAUUGUGGGUUGUUUUCCCCCCGUAGGCUUUGAAACCAUGCCAAGACCUUUUCCGCCACAGUUCCUGUAGCUCCCUGUUUCUUCAUCAAUCAUAGAAACAAGCCAGAAACUAGUGACCAUACUUCAAACAUGUGCUAAGUAAUAAGAGCAAGUUCAACAUAGAAUUAGCAAGGCAGUCUGGCCUCCUGUACACCAGCCAAUGAGGAAUAAGAGCAACUACCACCAAUCCCGCUUCUAGAAUUUUUCAGACCAUUUUUGAGGUCUGCAAAUGGAAGCAACAACCAUUCCAGAGAUCAUAGUAGAAUGUGCAUUACCAGAUGGCAAUGUUGACCAGGCCACAGAGAAGUCUUUGACAGAGGUGAAAGCUGAGGAGGAGGUAGAGGAAGAUGAAGAUUCUGGGCAGGCACGUCCCUAUGUUCUCUACGUUGGCAACUUGAACCCCAAGUAUUCCCGUGAAGUUCUCUGCAGCAUGCUCAAGGACAUCUUGGGCAUGGCUAGCGUCACCCUCCAGAGACACAACAUUGAAGUGGUAAAGAAACGCAGGCAAGCCUAUGCCUUUGUCCAGGUGGCCACAGACUCCAGCUUGGAGCAUGUCUUAAAGCAGCUGCUACUUGCCUCUGAGGCAGAGUCGGCACUUACCAAGGAGCUUGUGAAGAAAGGGAAGAAUCUUGUCGUGGGACAUGGCAAGACGUUUGCAUUUCAUGCCAAAGGUAGCAGAGAGAGUGACUCUGUUGGCAGCAGCUCAGAAACUUUUGUGGGAGGACAAGUGUAUGAGAGAAGCAGGAAGUUGAUUCUAAACGAAAACCAUCUCAACCGCAUCAGAAAGUUUCCUCAAUACUCCUGUAUGGCAGAACGGCCGGAGGCCUUUCUGAGCGGCACCCGCUCAGACAGUGCCAUUGUCCAGAGAGAGAUUGUAGGGAGAGAAUGCCUAUUCUAUGGAGCUUCCAUGGGCAGCGAAACCCGGAACGUGGAAUUCAAACGUGGAAGUGGGGAAUAUCUGGCGGGUACCCUAAAACAUCAUGUGCGGAAGUAUAUGUGCGCAUUUCUCAACAGUGAAGGUGGCAGCCUUUUUGUGGGGGUUGAGGAUAACGGCAUGGUACGUGGAGUCAGGUGUGACCACAAAGAUGAAGACAGGAUCCGUCUGCUCAUAGAUUCUCUUUUGAAAGGCUUCAAACCGCAGGUUUUCCCAUCGGACUACACACUGAGCUUCAUCCCAGUUAUUAAAGCUGAAGACACUGGCAUCUUCCUGAAAGUUAUUCGACUAAGUGUUCUUCCUCCAAAGCAGAACAAGCCGCUUCUUUAUGAAACAGACCAAGGGGAAGUAUACAUGCGGCGAGAAGGUAGUAUUCAGGGCCCCCUUACUGGAAGUGCUAUUCAAGAGUGGUGCCGGCAGAAAUGGACAGAUGAGAUCAAGAAGUUGGAGGUGAAAAUAGAGAGCUUGCUGAAGGAGAAGGAAGCCUUCCAGCAACAAAAUACCAGCAAUGCUACCUGCUGUUUUCUCAUGUGACAGCUAAACGCCACCACAAGCCAACCAGUUACUAACACACACACAAAGGA